AUGAGAUCUACCACUUUUCUCGUAUGGGGUCUAUCCUCUCUGAUCCUAGCACAAGCAAUCAGUCUGAGUAAGAUUCCAGGUUUCAAGAAACGAUCACCACUUGACGAGACCGAUGGCUCAGCAAGUCUUCCACCAGGUGUGGAACUACGAGUUGGUAUUCCCUUAUUUGCGGAAACCUCUUCCACCUCCUCUUCGGAUUUUCUAGAAGCGAGAAACACUCCUGAUUCAGAGGGAACAACAAGUAAUGCCGCUGCUCCCACCACCUCCCCUUCAUCAUCAUCAUCAUCAUCAUCAUCAUCAUUAUCAUCAUCAUCCGCAGCACUGAUCACCAAGACUAGAACUCAUGUGGCAACGGUGACCGCCUCAGCGCCAACUUCUUCUGAAAGUUCAGGUGUCCCAAUUGCCACAUCGACAUCUCAAAGUCUCUCGCCAGAACAAUCAUCUUCGGUCGAAGAUUGUAAAGGUGCUUGUCCUACAGCGUCGGAGGAGGAGGCUCCUCCUGGAGAUACCUCUGAGGCUGCUGCUCCUACGACAUCUGCUUCCCAGCCUAAGACGACGGACAAACCUGCUGAGACCACUAGUCAAGCUGCCACACCUACUACUUCUGCGGCUCCUGCCUCUGAAGAGGAGGAUGACUGUGAGGAGGAAGAGAAAGAUGAUGACUGUGAAGAAGAGGAAGACGACGACGACUGUGCAGAAGAAGAGGAAGAGACCAAGCCAUCUCCUACGACCGAAAAUGCAGCUGUACCCACUGCCACGAAGCCUGAUGAGGGAUCGAGUGGAGGUGAAGGUGGAUCCAGCGAAGGGUCUGGUAGCGAUAUGGAAGAUUGCGAAGAUGACGAUGAAGAGGAAGAAGACUGUGAGGAAGAGGAGAAUGGAACAUCUUCGCUGGCACCUCAAUCAUCUACAUCUAGUCCCGCAACAACCGAACAAGCUGCUACCCCAACCUCAUCGGAAACACCCAAGCCUACUUCAACUCAACCAGCCACAACCGACAAGGCAGUCGCUCCCACAUCGUCGAGUCCCCCUAAGACCACCGAAAAGCCAAGUUCAUCGGAGUCCAAACCCACAAGCUCUUCUUCCAAAGCAUGUGAUUGCGAUAAAGAGGAAACUAGCUCAAGCUCGUCACCUGCACCUACUCCCUCAGGGUCCGCACCAGGUGAAGGUGAUGCCGCGCCUGCAGACUUCACUGCUGACGAUGAGAAUAUCGCCGCCUUCGCUGUGCAUACGGAAAAAGCAGAGGUAUCUUCCAUUAGCUCUUCUGGUUGGACUUGGCUUUAA